AUGUCUCCACCUAUAAGCGCAACGGCGCAAUCGUCUGCGUACGGCGUUUCUCUUCGCGAAUGUCUCUUCGUCACGGCAAUUAGAGCUGCGGACGACAAAGAAAGCGACUACGGUUUCCGGAUGUGGACUGCAGUUGACAGUUCGUCGAUACACACCUUCUUUGAUCGGGCGGUACUCGCGCAGGGUAAGAAAGAGGCGACAGUAAACCGCGUUGCUUAG